AUGUCUAUGGCAGAGGUAUAUGGUGAAUGCAUCGUGCAGCCGAACACAUCUCCUCUUUGCAGGCAGAGGGCGUUUGAGGGAGAGAGAAUGAGCGAAGUGAGAAAGAGAAAGAAUAUGGAGAACGGUUGUGCCAUGUUUUUCAGCGAUGACGAGGUAAGAGAUAUGACCGGAUUCAAGCGGUGCGAUGAUUACGUGGAGGUGACGUGUGGGUGCACCAGCCAUACAUAUGGAGAUGCUGUUGGAACGCUUAGGGUUUUCGUUUCGGGUGAUCUUGAAAUCCACUGUGAAUGCACUCCUGGUUGCCAAGAAGACAAAUUGACACCUGCUGCAUUUGAGAAGCAUUCUGGACGAGAAACUGCCAGGAAAUGGAAGAACAAUAUUUGGGUUAUUGUUGAUGGUGAGAAAGUUCCUAUAUUUAAAACUGCACUGCUCAAAUAUUACAAUAAAGCAUUGAAAAAUGCCAAUGGAUCUCACCGGUCCCAAACUGGGAAACCCUGUCACCGUGAUGAGCUCAUUCGAUGCAGUCAGUGCAACAAAUUGCGCAGGUUCCGUCUCCGCUCCAAGGAGGAAUGCCGGAUUUACCAUGACAUUUUGUUGAAUGAGAAUUGGAAGUGCUCAGAUAUACCCUAUGACAAAAUUACGUGUGAUGAUGAUGAAGAACGAGCAAGCCGCAGAGUGUACAUGGGCUGCAGCCGCUCUCCAACAUGCAAAGGAUGUACUACCUGUGGCGUCUGCGGAGCUCAGGGAGUUGAGCAUGGGGAAAUGUCCCACGCAGUGAUCAUUAAAUUUGGCUUUGGAUUUAACAAUGUGAUUAUCAGCGCAUUGAUUGAUAUGAAUGGGAGGAAUCACGAGCCGGGUUUUUUGAUUAAGGCUUGGCAAUUCUUCUAUUUUAUGCAUAGGCUUUACGGGUUUUCAACAGAUGGGUAUACAUUUGGUAGUAUUUUGACUGCUUUAGGAAAUUUAGGGAGCUUAAAGCAAGGUUUUGAACUACAUGCUAAGUUAUGGACCGUUCUAUGUGCCUGUGCUGGUUUGGCUGCUGUGAAGCUUGGAAAGGAGGUACAUUGCCAGUAUCUGAAGAGAGGUGGUUGGAAAGAUGAUGUAGUUGAAUCAGCUUUAGUUGAUUUGUACGCAAAAUGCAGCUUUGCGGACUCUGCAUAUAGGACUUUCAAGUCGACUCCUCUUAGAGAUUAG